GGUGUAUUAGCUUUGACAAUUUUUACCAGUAAAUACUGAUUUAUUUAAAACUGGGAAUCCAGUUUAUAAAUAGGAUAGUUGAUAUAUCCAUUCUUUCCCCCAUGUAAAGAAUAGUUUAAAGAUUUAUGCAUACUUUUUACUUUUCUCUCUUGAUGCCAUGAGGGGGGAUCUUUGAGUCAACAACUGACAAAAUGUCUUCAAAUUUUAAAAAUUGAGAAGCAGCACUUUAAGUCUAACUCUACACCAUUUUAGUGCAUGUAUUAGUUUUAAUAAUGAUUUUUGGUGCAUGCCUUUGGGCUUAUUCAAAAGUGUACAAUAGGAAAGUAUAUUUCCUUUCUUAGAAAGGAGAUGUUUUUCUACUUUGCAACAUGUGAUUACAAGAAUCUUCCUCUGUGGGAAGAUUAACCAUGUAUUGAACUACUGAAAAGUAUAUAUUUUUAGAUAUACAGAAGGAAUCUACAUGGAGCUGCAUUCAGACCUAUAUAGAAGUCAUAGCAUUCUGUAUAGGACCAAAAAAGGAAGUAACAUUAAACACUUAAACAGACUUUGUUGGGUAGAAAUACCUUUUGAUCUUGCAUUGACUUCCAAAAAGAAAAUGCCACAGAAGUUUGCUGAAACUUUUGUUGUUUGAAUUUUCUCUGUCAAGUGUAUUUAGCCCAAAUACAACAGCUUUGGGUUAGCACAUAUAUAAGAAUCAAAAAAACAAAACUAAAUAUAUCAGCCUGGUUUGCCAAUCCAGCUUGACUGAAAUAAGUAAACUAAUCACUUGCAACAUGAAAAACUGUCCAACUCCUCUAAGGUUUUGACCAAAUAACCUUGGCUAAUGUGGGAAGGCUCCCACUUUAUUUCUGACCUGACAGUGAAGAUUCAUGCUUGACAUGAUUUCAAACCUGACAGUGUCUGUUUAAGGAGCCAUGGUACAGUUUGCUAAUUCAAUCCCAGAUACCUGUUGAUUACCUGUGAGAUCUAGAGUCCAAAGUAGCCAGCAGCCGUAUCCCUGAGUGCUCUGUGCCCAUCAGAUAUCUUAAAGUAAGCAGGGUUGGGACAGGUCACAGCUUGGGUGAUUGGACCUCAGGUGCCAUAGACAGCCCCAGAUUCAAGAAUCAUAUCUGCUUUCUUGGGAGUGGUCACUGAACUUAUGUCCCACACUGUGUUACUUAUUGUAGAUGCUCUCUCUUAGAGAAGGCCCAGAGCACACAUCCUAAUUGCUGGUGGCACUCAGAGAGGGGGUGCUAACUCUGAUGCCCUAGCCAAAUUCCAGUUUAGGGAUGUGGGUCUUCUUCUUGUCAUUCUAAUUGGAAAUGUGCAUCACUUCCCAUUUUCCUGUUGAUCACAGUGCAAACUACACUAAUCUGUUUUUUUGCCCCGUCCCAAGUCUCUAAGAUACUGAUGUGUACUAUAUGGGCCAAGUUCAUGCCUUAUCCUAAUGGACAAGAAUUGAGGAAUGAGUAAAGCUUGGGACUUUUAUGAUGCUGUGGGGAUGAAAUCAGCCCCCUUUUGGCAUAAAUUAGGGAAUGUGCACUGGCUGGGGGUUUCCAGCCAUGAGGUAUAAGCUGAAUCCAAUUUUCCCUCUUUUCUUAUAGCAUGAUGAGAAAAUCUGUUGGGUUUUCAGCAGUCAGGGAAGGCCGGAGUUCUGCAGCUUUAAUCUGGGUAACUGAGGCUGGUUUGAGCAAGACUUUGGUUAAUUAACUGGGUUCUCAGAUGCCACAGACUCCGUGAGAAGUCACCAUUAUUUUCAAUGGUUGUGAUAGAAUUUCCCCCCUAGUAGCCAUUAUUUUAAGAUUAUAUUGCAGAGUUGCUUUAUUUUGAGCUUUUCGUGUAUACACAAUCCCAAACUGGAAGAAAUUUAAAAAAAAAAAGGAAUCCUGCUGUGAAAGGUAUAUAUUACUCUAGAUUUUUCUUACUGUAAAUAUUGUAAGAUUGUAAUACUGUUGAUAUUUUAUUAACCAACAAAUGUUAAUCUAUGUGAAUUCAGACUUAUUUUAAAUGUGCUUCUUAUUUACUGUGUGUGGUCCCUGUUGCUGACAGUAUUAAGUUAUAUUCUGAUGUAAGAUUAACUUUAUUAAAGAAUGUAAACAUAAUGUUUCCUUAUGGGAAAACAAAUAAAGUAUAAAGAAGACAAUUCUUUUCAUUGAAAUAUACUGUGUAUUUACACUUGCUAGACCCAGCACCACUUAUAAAUUUAGUACACUGUUCAGAAUUUUAGUUAACACAGCUGACAUGGUUGUGCUCUGUUGGAAAGCCUAAGAGUAGGUAUUGUUGGAAUAUAUGCAGUUUGUAUUUGUCUGCUGUGAAUCAUAAUGUUGAAAUUUCUAAUCAAGUUUGUAAGCUUUUAUAGUAAAACAUUUUAAUGACAAUUUAAAAAUUUAUCUUCUCUAAAGAUUGGUCAAAACAAGAUCCUUUCAGAAAUAGAAUUGUUCUUUAAUAUCUUUCCAAAAUGACUUUGGUUAAAUGGACCAGAUGUGUAUUAGUUAAAAUUUAGAACUAAGUUGUUGAUAUUCUUUGAGUUUACAAGUUAAUCCUUAUUGGAGAUGUGCCAAUAUACAGUAGAAUAUCAUUAAUUUGCACUGUUUGGGGACCCCAUUUAAGAAUGCUGAAUUUUGUCAACUAAAAAGUAAGCAAAUGCAAUUUAAAAAGUAAAUUUGAGCAUUCUGUAUUAAAUAUGUGCAGUUAUUAUCACAUGAAGAAGCGCAGUGUGUCGGGCUGUAAUAUAACCAUAUUUGCUGUCAUGUUCUCCCAUCUCAGUGCUGGGAACUCACCAUGUGGAAACCAAGCAAACGUGUUGUGCAUCAGCCGGCUUGAGUUUGUUCAAUAUCAAAGCUGAAACUAGCGAGGUCUGCUGUACUGCUUAUUGAAGUAUUGUGAUUCUUUUAGGCAUUGAUUCUUACAAAAUAUAUACUGUAACAGUAUACUUUGUACAGAUUUAAAUUUUAUUUGAAAAAAUGAAAUAAAGUAGGCAAAAAAUAAAGAUGUUUAUUUUUCAUGUGACUAUAUAAACAGAUCAGUCUUUUGUUUCAGUGCUUUUGGGGGCAAGGGGUCUGGUGGCUCUGAUUAUUUUGUGUUUAUUUUGUUUGAUAGAUGGAACCAUCAUCUAUCAAAGGACUCAGUAGCUGGUGUGCUACUUGCCUGUUACUUAUGAUCAUGAAUGGACUGCAAACAUUAAAUUGCUCUCUCACACUGUAAAA